UCUACUAGAGGGCUCUGAAUGUGGAUGAGGAGAGAUGGGAGGAGCAUGAAUUCAUUUAAGCUACAGCAAACCACCCAAUGCAGUAAAAGAUCCUGAAUGUUAACGGAAGCCAGUAAAACACAAUGCGGUACUGAGGGAGCAGCAGCAAUGCACGGCUGGACAUAGAACACACGGGACAGAGGGGGCGAAAGCACAAAUCUGCUCAAUAUUGGACCAUGCAGACCUGUCUCUGAUAAUUUCCAAGGCGGGUGGGUGGGGGGCACUGAAGGACACAGCCAUGCAGCCGGCUGCUUACCUGCUCUCCUUGAUGCUCUGUGCCUUGGGGACCUUCUCUCUGGUUCAUUCCAGGCAGGCAGGAGCCGCCUUGUUGACGGAGAUGGAGAGAAGGGCUGAAAACCGAUUUCUGGAGAGGCAGAAUAUCGUCCCCCUCCGCCUGAUCCCCCGCCCGGAAGACGGCACCCAGACUGGGCACGGGGUGCUCAACACUCGGGUCAGCAGCAGCUCGGAUCAGAAGCAGUCCACUCAUGUUGCCCGAGCCAGCUUCCAGGUUGAUGCAUUUGGGUCAUCAUUCAUUCUAGAUGUAAUGCUAAACCAUGAUCUGCUGUCUUCAGAAUACCUUGAGAGGCAUAUCGAGCAUGGAGGAAAGACAGUGGAAGUUAAAGGAGGAGAGCAUUGCUAUUACCAGGGCCAAAUCCGAGGAAACUCAGAAUCAUUUGUUGCCUUGUCAACAUGCCAUGGACUUCAUGGGAUGUUCUAUGAUGGGAAUCAUACUUAUCUUAUUGAACCAGAAGAAAACUACACUUCACACGAGGAUUUCCAUUUCCACUCUGUUUACAAAUCCAGGUUAUUUGAAUUUCCUUUGGAUGACCUGCCAUCUGAAUUCUGGCAAAUGAACACCACAUCACAGAAGUUUGUUGUAAAGCCAAGACACAAAAGGAGUAAAAGACAGGUUCAUCAGAUUUCACGUAAAGUUGAGGAGGAAACAAAAUACAUUGAGUUAAUGAUUGUGAAUGAUCAUCUAAUGUGUAAAAAACAUAGAUUAUCAGUCGGCCAUACGAACAGCUAUGCUAAAUCAGUGGUGAACAUGGCAGAUUUAAUAUAUAAAGAACAACUUAACACCAGGAUAGUAUUGGUUGCCAUGGAAACCUGGGCUACUGAUAACAAGUUCACCAUAUCUGAAAACCCAUUGGUGACUCUACGUGAGUUUAUGAAAUAUAGGAGAGAUUUUAUCAGAGAGAAAAGUGAUGCAGUUCACCUUUUUUCGGGGAGUCAAUUUCAGAGCAGUCGGAGUGGUGCAGCCUACAUUGGUGGAAUUUGUUCACUAUUGAAAGGUGGAGGUGUGAAUGAAUUUGGAAAGCCAGACUUACUUGCAGUGACAUUGGCGCAGUCGUUAGGCCACAAUCUUGGCAUUUUCUCAGAUAAAAGAAAACUACUAACUGGUGAGUGUAAGUGUGAGGACACAUGGUCUGGAUGUAUAAUGGGAGACACGGGUUAUUAUCUUCCAAGCAAGUUCUCCAAGUGUGACAUUGAGGAGUAUCAUGAAUUUUUGAACAACGGAGGUGGCGCCUGCCUCUUCAACAAACCAUCCAAGCUUCUAGAUCCUCCAGAAUGCGGCAAUGGUUUUGUUGAAGAUGGAGAAGAGUGUGACUGUGGUACUACUGCAGAGUGUGCCAUUGAAGGAGGAGAUUGCUGUCAUACAUGCACCCUAACUGCAGGCUCACAGUGCAGCAAUGGGCUUUGCUGUAGAAAGUGUAAAUUUGAAUCUAAAGGAGUUGUGUGCCGAGAUGCGGUAAAUGAUUGUGAUAUUGCAGAAAACUGCUCAGGAAACUCCAGCCAGUGUUCUCCCAAUAUUCACAAAAUGGAUGGGUAUUCGUGUGAUAACAAACAGGGUAUUUGUUUUGGAGGAAGAUGCAAAACCAGGGAUCGGCAGUGUAAAUACAUCUGGGGUGAAAAAGUGACAGCUGCUGACAGAUACUGCUAUGAGAAACUGAAUAUUGAAGGGACUGAGAAAGGUAACUGUGGAAGGGGCAAGGACACUUGGAUACAGUGCAACAAACAGGAUGUGCUUUGUGGAUAUCUUCUGUGUUCCAACAUCUCUAAUGUCCCAAGACUUGGAGAACUUGAUGGUGAAAUCACAUCUUCAGUCAUACAGCUGGGGAAAUCCUACAACUGCAGUGGUGGCCAUGUUAAGCUAGAUGAAGAGACAGACCUGGGCUAUGUUGAGGAUGGAACGCCAUGUGGCCCAGAGAUGAUAUGUUUUGAGCGCAGAUGUCUCCCCACUGAUUCCUUUAACUUCAGCAUCUGCCCAGGCACUACAGAUGACAAAAUUUGUUCAGGACAUGGAGUUUGCAGCAAUGAAAUCAAGUGUGUGUGUGAUCGAUUCUGGGUAGGAGAUGACUGCAACACCGCUUACAAAGAUGCUUCAAUUUUUGAUGAAGAAAUGGUAGGCAAAGGUGUUGUUAGUACAAAUAUAAUAAUAGGGGCUAUUGCUGGCACCAUUUUAGUGUUGGCUCUCGUUUUAGGAAUAACUGGAUGGGGUUACAAAAACUAUCGGAGACAGAGACAAAUACCACAGGGAGAUUAUGUAAAAAAGCCUGGAGAGGCCGACUCUUUUUAUAGCGACAUGCCUCCUGGAGUCAGCACAAAUUCUGCAUCUAGUUCUAAGAAGAGGUCAAAUGGAUUAUCUCAUUCAUGGAGUGAAAGGAUCCCAGACACAAAGCAUAUUUCAGACAUCUGUGAAAAUGGGAGACCUAGAAGUAACUCCUGGCAAGGUAAUAUAGGAGGAAACAGAAAGAAAAUCAGAGGCAAAAAAUAUAGGCCACGGUCUAAUUCAACUGACAGGGUAACCCAUGUAUCUGAGCCCGGGCUCUCUCUCGCCCACCAAAUCCCGACCCAAGGCAUAAGCCAAGGGGGUUCUCACCACCCCCAUACAGGGAAUCGGGAUCACAGGACUCUGUCUCCUGCAAAGUCUCCAUCUUCCUCUACUGGAUCUAUUGCCUCCAGCAGAAAAUACCCAUACCCGAUGCCUCCACUUCCUGAUGAGGAGAAGAAAGCUAACAGACCAAGUGCCAGGCUAUGGGAGACUUCCAUUUAGUUCUACAGUUUACCUGGGUGACAUCAGAACUGUUUACUUCAAAUUUUAUAGAAACUCAGCAUCACUGAGUCAUUGCACAUUCAUCUGCUCUUCAGACAAUUUGAAAGAACAACAGAGAUGCCAGUGAUCACAGAAAGAACCUGCUCUCAUACCCAAGGGGGAAAAAACAACAUGUUUUACUGUUGAUUAGAAUUCUAUUAAAUCUGUAAAGAAUAACCAAAAGUCACAAAAAUUAAGAUGGGAUAAAUAGAUUGAAUAUGAUAAGAUUAUUCUGCAUGAUGACCAAUAUAUGUAGAAAUACAACUAAAACUCAUGUACAAAUCCCGAAUAAAAGAGGUUUUUCUUUGGUUUAUGCAGUCCCAAAUAACAACAAAAUUGAGUUCAGAAUUUUGUAUUCUGAAGCACAUGACCAAUGUAAACAUUAUGCUAUGUGCAUGAACCCUCGGUUCUUUACUUUCCACAAGUAAGGGGGAAACCACGUACUGUAGUAGAAAUUAGCAUGCAGGAGUAAGAAAUGUAGAAUUUUGCUACAGGAUCUUAAGUUUUGAGAGGCAUAAACUUCAAACAAACAAAAACUAUAUCUUUUUUACCUUUCAUGUUUAUAAUCUCCAUAUACAAAUUGUAUAUAUGUAAACAUUUUAAAAUGUGAAAACAGCUGUAACACACAUGUAUUUUGCCAAAUGCCUAAAGAAUCAAUCAUGACUAACAUCAUCACACUUCAAGUGUUCUGAAUAUUAUGAGCAGACAGCUUUGGAAAUACAGCAGUUCUAGUACUGUAAAUGUGUUUCUCAGCAGACUGGUGUUUGACCAAAAUCUCCACAAUCUGGGAAUAUAUUUGUUAUAAUCACCAGAAAAAUCAAAGUUCUAUAAUGCUUUGUCUUAAAUCACCACCUAAGGAACCAGCAAAAAUAAGUUGUCUGAUAGUGGUGAUGUGUGUUUGUCUCUUCUCUCACACUGGUGUAAAUCAGGAGCAACCCCACUGAAAUCAGAGCUGGAGUCUUUAACUAAUAGUGAACAUACAGUUACUGGAAAUUGAGGAGUAAUUUAAGGUCGUCAGUUAAGGGGGUGGAAGUGGGGUCUCAAUGGCAGAUUUGGGAUAUGCGUGUGUAAAGCACUUCAGACCCAAUGCUGGAGCAACCUGGCAGAGUAUACAGGUUGUGAUGGGCAUGAUGCUAUCAUAGUGCUAUACAAAAACUGAAAGCUGGGCAACUGGCCGAUUCCCCCUCCCUUCCCCCCGCUUUUUUUUUUUUUACUGCUAUUACUUGUACCAUGUAUUAGCAUACUGAGGGUCCAUCCACACUGCUGCUGGGAGAAAGUCUCACAGCACGGGUAGAGGGACUCACGCUAGCAAGGCUUGAGCUCGUGUGCUAAAAAUAGCUAUGUGGACUUUGCAGCUCCGGCGGAGACUCAGGCUAGCCAUUUGAGCUGAAGCCUAGAGAUUGGGUGGUCUUGAGCUCGGUUGGCUCCGGAGUCUCUGCCAGAGCCACAAUGUCCACACAGCUAUUUUUAGAGUGCUAACUCAAGCCCCAGUCUGUCUAUCCUGGCUGGGUGGCUCACUGCCACCUGCAGUGUAGACACACCCCACAUGCAGCAGCAGAGGUCUCCUUUGCAGGUAGCAUGGGCCUUGAGCAGAAUACAAGUGGAUCCAGACCAAUGAAAUUGAGGAUGCAAAAACAAACUCAUUACAAAGGAGACGUGGCAAGAUGGCAUUAACCUGACUGCUGGUCAACUGUAUGCUAUGUGCUAAAGGAUGUAGAGUAGAUAUAGUUACAACACCCAAAGGAUUCAAAAGGAUGCUGUAAAAUCCCUGGGCAUUUUCAAUUGUAAAUGUUCUUUAAAUAAUAAAAAUGGCAAUUAUAAUUCAGUUAAAACACCUCUCUUGUUAGUACCUCUCCAGAAGUGACAAACGUCCAGCAUCUGGUAAUUCCAUUGCAGAACAAAACAUCUCUUCUAAUAAGAAAUAUUAGAAUACAUGGCCCACAGUGAUAUAAUCAGUUAGAUGCUGACAGGAACAUAAUCUUCUACCUCUUUCACGUAAUUCCUUUAGUAAGUGAACCUACCACUUAUAGCCUUUUAAUGUAACCGGAGCUCAGUUUAUCAAAUUUCUCUCUGAUUAAAGCAAGUCACAUUUAGAGGAGUCUUGUGGCACCUUAAAGACCAACAGAUUUGUUUUGGCAUAAGCUAAAAAACACUUGAAGUGGGUUUUUUACGCAGGAAAGCUUAUGCCCAAAUAAAACUGUUAGUCUUUAAGGUGCCACCGAACUUCUCACUGUUUUUGUGGAUAUAGACUAACAUGGCUACCCCUCUGAUACUCCCUUAGUCAAAUUUAGGUUAGUUUUAAAUUAAGGCAUUUUUUGUCAGCAACUGUUAAGUAUGUAAGAUUUUAGAAGUAUGAUAUUUUAUUUAUAAGACUGUGCAGGUUUACAUCUACACAACACUGGCCUAGCAGAGGAACUUAUCCCCUUCGUGGCAAGAGAUUUUGGUAAGGAUUGUGAAUUAUGACAAAUAUGAAUGAGAACAGAGCGCGUGGGUAUGUUUGAAAAGCAUUGGCAUCUACAAUGGCUUUGGGCAAAGAUUCUGCACUUUAAUGCAGAUUAUAGAUUUGUCAAUACAGAAGUAUGCAAUUGAUUAGUUUUGGAACCGAUGUGAAGAAGUGCUCGCUGUAGCUCAAAAGCUUGUCUCUCUCACCAACAGAAGUUAGUCCAGUAAAAGAUAUUACCACACCCACCUUGUCUCUCUAAUUUUGCAAAGGUUUAGUCUGAACAUAGGCCAAAGACAACAGGACAGAGAACUGUUAACAAUGUACAUCUUAUGGAAGAGGCGUCUGAUCCAUAGCCCACUGAAGUCAGUGGGAGUCGUGUGGCUGUCAAGGGGCUUUGAAUCAGGCCCUUAAAUAUUUAUCCCAAAUAAGGAAAUUCUUAUGUAAAAAUGUCCAACUCGUUGUUUCACCACAAGGAAGAUAACUUCUCCAUGCAUUAGUUUUUUGUUCUUAGUAACUGAAAUGUUUAUCAUGUGCCUUUUCUGAUAUUUAGUUUGAAUACAAACUAGUGUGUAAUUUUGAAUAAUCUUGUUUAUAUUUUUCUAUAUAUUCAUUCAUUCCGCCCUUUCCAUUUUCCCAUUAAGACACAGCAGGAUUUGGUGGCCGAAAUUGAAUGUAACAUAGUGGCAGAUUAUAUAACAUUCAUAGUACACCUCUACCCCGAUAUAACGCUGUCCUCGGGAGCCAAAAAAUCUUACUGCGUUAUAGGUGAAACCGCGUUAUAUCGGACUUGCUUUGAUCCGCCGGAGUGCGCAGCUCCGCC